AUGCACAUUGUCAACGAUUCCCCGGAAGACCCUCCAGAUGGCAUGGGCCCAAGGACUAGAAGUUAGGUUCCAUAAGUUGGACUGAAGACUCAAGAAGGAAUUCUCGUGUGGUGCGGGCCAUUUCUUCCUAUAUUGGACACAGGCUGUCCAUGUACAGCUUCUGUCCAGGGGGGAUUUGUAGGCUCGGCCCUACUUUCUGUUCUCUCUGUUACCUGGAGUUGCAUGGCAAAUUGUCCAGGAACACAAGGAAUGCACAAAGGACAAUGCCCAAGGACUAGUCAGUCUGUCACGCCCUGGCUCUGGGGACUCUAGUAUGUUGAGCCAGGGUGUGAGUUUUCAUUUGUGUUUGUUCUAGUUGUUGUAUUUCUAUGUUGGCCAGGGUGGCUCCCAAUCAGAGACGGCUGUAGCUUGUUGUCUCUGAUUGGGAGCCAUACUUAAGUAGCCGUUAGGCAUUCAUUUGGUGUGGUUUCUUGUUCUGUGUGUUAGUUUGUGAAUGUAACCAGGGACGUCACGUUUUCGUUUUGUUGUUUUGUUCGUGUGAUCAUCAAUUAAUAAAUAUGUUCGCAUUCCACGCUGCGCCUUGGUCCUCCUCUGUUCCCGACGAUAAUGACAGAAGAAACCACCAUAACUGGACCAAGCAGCGUGUCCAGGAGCCAACGCCAGAGAGGACUUGGAAGCAGAAGAGCGAGAGUUGGGCGAGAACCAUGGAGACCUGGUCCACGGGUAGGAGAGACGCCCAGAAUUUUUUAGGGGGGGGGGGCUCACGCCGUGGACGACGGGGCAGCAGGGGGCCGCGAUGGAGCGGUUAGUAGAGGAGGCCGCCAGGUUACGGGGGCCACUCGUCACAAAAGGGGAGGAAAGUGUAGAGGCACGGCGAGGGGUACUGGGGUGUGUUACCAGUCCGGUCCGGCCCGUUUCUGAUCCCCGCGUAGGGCCAGUGGUGUGUGUCCCCAGUAUGGUCCGGCCUGUUCCUGUCCCUCGCACCGAGCCUGUGGUGUGCGUCGCCAGCCCGGUUCGGCCCGUCCCUGCUCCCCGCACCAAGCCAAUGGUGCGCGUCGUCAGCCCGGUCCGGCCUGUUCCUGCUCCCCCCACCAAGUCAGUGGUGCGUUUCGUCAGCCCAGCUCGGCCCGCUCCCGCUCCCCGUACAAAGUCAGUGGUGCGCUUCGUCAGCCCGGCUCGGCCCGUUCCUGCUCCCCGCACCAAGUCAGUGGUGCGCUUCGUCAGCCCGGUCCGGCCCGCUCCUGCUCCCCGCACCAACUCAGGGGUGCGUUUCGUCAGCCCGGCUCGGCCCGUUCCUGCUCCCCACACCAAGCCAGUGGUGCUCCCCACACCGAGCCUGUGGUGUGCGUCGCCAGCCCGGUUCGGCCCGUCCCUGCUCCCCGCACCAAGCCAAUGGUGCGCGUCGUCAGCCCGGUCCGGCCUGUUCCUGCUCCCCGCACCAAGCCAAUGGUGCGUUUCGUCAGCCCAGCUCGGCCCGCUCCUGCUCCCCCCACCAAGUCAGUGGUGCGUUUCGUCAGCCCGGCUCGGCCCGCUCCCGCUCCCCGCACAAAGUCAGUGGUGCGCUUCGUCAGCCCGGCUCGGCCCGUUCCUGCUCCCCGCACCAAGUCAGUGGUGCGCUUUGUCAGCCCGGUCCGGCCCGCUCCUGCUCCCCGCACCAAGUCAGGGGUGCGUUUCGUCAGCCCGGCUCGGCCCGUUCCUGCUCCCCACACCAAGCCAGUGGUGUGCGUCGUCAGUCCGGCACAGCCUGUGCCUGUGCCAUCGGUGCCUGGUUCGGCACGGGUCAGCUGCUUCACGCCGGAGCUAGAGCAAUCCGCUCCACCAGUGUGCAGUCCAGCUCUGGUCAGCAGGGCCAGACCGGACCAGGGGUACUUUGGGGGGAUAGAGAGGGAGUGGGGAUCAUGCCCGGAGCCGGAUCCGCCGCCAAGGCGGAGUGCCCACCCGGUCCCUCCCCUGUGGUAUUUGGUUGGCGCGGUCGGAGUCCGCGCCUUUAAGGGGGGGUACUGUCACGCCCUGGCUCUGGGGACUCUAGUAUGUUGAGCCAGGGUGUGAGUUUUCAUUUGUGUUUGUUCUAGUUGUUGUUCUAUUUCUAUGUUGGCCAGGGUGGCUCCCAAUCAGAGACGGCUGUAGCUCGUUGUCUCUGAUUGGGAGCCAUACUUAAGUAGCCGUUAGGCAUUCAUUUGGUGUGGUUUCUUGUUCUGUGUUGGUUUGUGAAUGUAACCAGGGACGUCACGUUUUCGUUUUGUUGUUUUGUUCGUGUGAUCAUCAAUUAAUAAAUAUGUUCGCAUUCCACGCUGCGCCUUGGUCCUCCUCUGUUCCCGACGAUAAUGACACAGUCCUUCCCCCUCUGAGGGGCCAAAAUAUAUCUCUCUGUUACAGUAUCCAAAGGACUGACUACUGUGACAGAAUAAUGCUAUAGUAUCCAUGUUUGGUAUCUCUCUGAAACUUGUUCACUGAAGAUAACUCUGAUGCCAUCUAUUUGGAUGUAUGAUCUCUGUGGUAACUCUGAAUUACUCUAUUAUGCAAAGGUGUUUGAUUGUCUUCUCAGGAAUUCUGUCUCGUUUACAUUGGUCUCAUUCCCCACACAAGCCUUUAAAAGCUGUGACACCCUGUGGAGAUUGUGCCUGGGAGUGUUUAGGUUAGUGUAAUCGUGGUAUCAUUUGAUUGGUCAAUGGUGGUUGGUUUUGGAUUGAAAGGUGACACCUUCAGAUGUUAUAAAUGGAAUUAAAUGCCUUUGUUCACUCUCUUAUCCUGUAUCCAGUUCAUGGAGGAAGGUUGUACGAUCAAUUCUCAUUUCCUAGGCUUCUAGGCAUCUCUUUGUUUACGCUUAGAAUAAUGCCUUGUGAUGCUUGUUAAUGUUUUUCCAAAGUAAUUAAAGACACUUGAAUUCCAUUCUCAGACAUUUCUUGACUGCCUAUUACUGUAACUCAACUAUAGUGUUCUUGCAUAUUGCUAAAUCAUCUUUAUGGAGUCAGAUAAACAUUUUAAAUGGCUAAUUGCUUAGUCUUAUUACUAGUCACAUGUGAGGAAUUUAUAAUAUAAUAUAUACUGUAUAUACACAUGUCCCUAGUAGGUCAGGUACCCCUACAGUACAGCCUCACUGUCCCUAGGACAUCAGGUACCCCUACAGUAUAGUCUCACUGUCCCUAGGACAUCAGGUACCCCUACAGUAUAGUCUCACUGUCCCUAGGACAUCAGGUACCCCUACAGUAUAGCCUCACUGUCCCUAGGACAUCAGGUACCCCUACAGUAUAGUCUCACUGUCCCUAGGACAUCAGGUACCUCUACAGUAUAGCGUCACUGUCCCUAGGACAUCAGGUACCCCUACAGUAUAGCCUCACUGUCCCUAGGACAUCAGGUACCCCUACAGUAUAGUAUCACUGUCCCUAGGACAUCAGGUACCCCUACAGUAUAGUCUCACUGUCCCUAGGACAUCAGGUACCCCUACAGUAUAGAGUGUGUUGCAUGACAUAUUGCAUUGCAUUGAUCAUGGUGGGUAAAUCAUCCACACAUCAAUGAUGUGACCAGAUGUGGAGUCCUUCACUGCAAUGUCACACAAGACAUUGGAUUUUGAUAACACAUGUCACAUGCUAUGCUAUAUAAUAUUUUUUCAUUCACUGCACUGUCCAAAUUAUAGAGGCAUAAAGCUUUCCAAGUGCAAGAUUUUACAAUGAAAAUAAAUGCUCAAUGUAGUUAGAAUUUGACCAACAAUGGACAUAGGCAAUUCAUGUAUUUGCAAAAAUAAUGUUAGCCUACAUUAAGAAUAGAUGAUAAUCUCAUAGGCCUAUAUUAUACUUUAAUGACAUACUGUAAAAUGAUUAUACAAUUCAUCGAACGGGACAAUUCAUUCAUAAAUCCUCAAGGUAAAGUUAAAGACCAGUUGAACUUAAAAUUGAAGGUAAAGGUGCGACUUCUACAGACAUGCAUUAGUGUCAUUGAUGUCUAAAGAAGCCAGCCAGGGUCAGUUGGAAGCCAGCCAGCCACAUAUACAUUCUAAAGCACUGGGUAAAUCUGUCAGUAAAGAGCUAAUAAAAAAAAACAGAAGGGCCGAUUGCGUAGGCUGUCUCUCUCCUGUGUAAUGUUUGGCUGCAAUAUUUAUUUUUAGCGUAGACCUGUCUUGAGGUAGUACAUAAACCUACCGCUGUAUCUAUGUUCAUGUUUCUCCACGUCAAAAGCCUGGCAGUAUUUCAGUUAUUUGUGUAAAAGAGUAGAGUUUAUGAAAUAUCUCACCUUUGAGCGAACAACCCGGCGUGACAAAACCAGAGAGGGAAAAGGAACGUAAAUGUAUGUGAGACCUAUUGGUCGACUGUCAUUUUACUUCCUGUUCAAGAGAGUGCCACUAUUGGACAAUUUGCUGUCCAUCAAAUAAAGUUAAACCUACAUGCGGCAGUAUUGUGGAAACGUGUAAAAUCAGCGGUUACAAAGUUUCCAUUCAUAAAAUGACAAAUGACACUCAGAUGGGUGCCCCCAUUUGUUUUCCAAUCAAUAUUGAUAAUGGACAUAAUAAUUUGGAAAUGUGGAAUGAUUAUAACAGUACAUGGUCAAUAAGGGCAGAUUUUUCUCCAAGAUGUUCAAACGUUUAUAGAUGACCAGCAGGGUUAAAUAAUAAUCACACACACACACACACACACACACUUAUUACACAUGUACUACAUGUAGUAAACAAAUUACAAUGAGCCAGUAGCCUAAUAACAAAUCCUAAUGUAGGUUAUUAUGUAACCAGACCAGUCUUUAUGCAGUUAUUUUGGGAUUGGAUGGUCAAGGUGUGCCACACUGAAUCCAACCUCAACGUAAGUACAAUCAAUCAAUCAAUCAAUCAAAUGUAUUUCUAAAGCCCUUUUUACAUCAGUAGAUGUCACAAAGUGCUUUACAGAAACCCAGCCUAGCAUCGCUUGGCCAGGAGAGGGCACAGUACUGAAGUAGUGUUGCCAAGCUGUGGGUGGAUGGUGGGAAGGGGACAGGGACCGUUUCUACAUUAGAUGCAGUAGUAUUGCAUAGAUAGAGGAGUCUGAGUGAGACUGAGGCUUAAAAACAGGAUAAAAAGGGUGUGUGGGUUUUCUAGUUGAUCCAAGCCAGGAGACAAAGUGGUGUGUGGAAUUAUGCUCUCCCACCCAGGCCUGUUUCUCUCCAGUUCAACUGCUCCAGGACUUGCGGUUCUCCGCUCUCCUGUUAGUGGACUCUCCCCGUAGAACGGGUUGGCAGAACUCGCCGCUGCGCCGAUUCUCCGGGUUCCGUUUGGUGGAACGCUCCCGUCGGAACACUCGGUCGGGACGCACGAGGACGCCGUAACCAGGGUUACAGCGGAAGUAGUAGCGCCCGCCUACGGAGCCGUCAUUCUUACCUGAGGGCGAGUCGAGCUCCACCCCGACCCACAUGCCCUCUGCGAACUCUGUGUUGCCCACGUAGCGCACCGUCCCGCCCUUAUUGGCUCCCACCGUCACGCACGCCCCCUCUCUCAGCCAAUCGGGCAGCACGAAGUCGCAGCCGCCGUCCUCAUCGUCCAGGAUGAUCUCCAACCUCUCCAGACACCCUUGUCCUCCUCUUCCUCCCUCCUCCUCCCCCAGGACACACUGCUGCAACGACUUCAGGUCCGACGUGCAUACCCUCUGCACUGAGAAGGGCUUGUUGCCCGUGGCGACGCUGUUGAUGUUAGAGCCGGGACCGGUGGUGGCCAUUUUGUUUUCGUACAACAAUCUGAAACACAUACCUAAUUAUUUGGCGCGACUAAUCCACUAGUCUCAAAAACCUGACCCUAGGCAACAGUGACCAGUCAGGUUGGGUUUUCGAGACUAUUAAUCCACCGCAUGGAGUUUGUUUUGCUGCUGAGAUCGGCGCAGCCACUGCCAGGGCCACAUGGACAAGACCACGCAGCUCUCAAACUGUGCGCUCGAGCGAUUUAGCUCUCCAAAGCCUGCUGUUUGAAAAGGAGUAGAGUAAUAUAACACAGUAUAUAUUGUCUUGAUGAAACAUGUCAAGCCUUUGCACCUCCAUCGUCACCUGUAUCCAUUCUGUUACUAGGACAACGGACUAGGACAGUUAUCAAUUGAUUGUGACUUUAUAGCCUACAUGGACAGCAUCUAAAGUCUACACAUGUAGCCAUAGUCUAAUCAUUCGUGCAAUAUGUUAUCAUUCUAACCAAUUACUAAUUUACACCCAGGUGUGCAUGGACAGUGAUUUCAAAAGUUAUGAACAUGUGUUGUGAGGAGUGAGGUGGAUAUAUAUAAAAAAAAUGUUUUCCUUAAAGUUUACAUAAUAUAUGUCCACAAGUGCAGCACUAAUGUAAAAGCGUUAUAUCCGUCUUUUAGCAGCAUGUGGUUUGGUUGUGUGUCUCCUGUAGGCCUGUACACCGUUUGCCAAACAGAAUAUUUAGGCUACUAAUGAAUGUCUUGGCAAAGGUCUCUUUGACCGGAACGUUACAUGUUCAUAAAUGUUCUCACUAAACUGUGUGCUGGAGUACCCAUGUACUCUUCAGGUGUGCAAUAUUUUUUAUUUCUACUCUCUUAUUUAUUUAUGAGUGAAAGUGUGUUGUCUGUCCAGAGCUGAAGGUUGUGGAGAAGAAGAUUAGCUUCUCCAGCAGAGAGAUAAUGCCACAACACAGGAUGUGGAGAAGUCAGUGCUGUCCAUACUGUAAGGCUCUAUCCAAAACUGUACUGCCAUCUAUAGGAUUUUAAUUGCAACAGCACGCGGAACUCAAUAUCAUGAACUCAAUAUUAAAAAUGUGACACAUUUUCAAUUUAUGUUUCGUGGCAGGCUUUUGUCUGAAGAAGGACACUGCUUUGCGCGAGGACAUGAGGUAGGGUAAGGGUUCAGAGUUCACACAAGUCUCUCUAUAUUCCGCUCUUGGAUGCCAUCUGACACUGGGCAAACAUCCUAUACCGCGAGGAUGCCUUCAAGGACCAUACACUUUGAGGAGAUGGGAGACCACUCUGUCCUCUCUGCUCUCUCAAUCUUGAAGAUCAUAAUUAGGCAAAUAUAAUAUAAUAUUGGAGCAUUUUGUUGUGGGAGAACAUUGGAAAAACUUUGAAAUACAAUUCUCUAAAGUAUAGUGUCUCAAUUUCACAUUCUCACAAAUGCACAUUAAUUGUGAUGUUGAUUCCAGUGAAUCUGGGUGAAGAUGUUGGUAAUGGUGAUAACUGUUCUCUGUCUUGUCCUCUCUGUCCAUGUCACGUGGCGUCAGAACUGCUUGAGGCCAAUACAGCAGAAUGUCAUGUUGCCUCGUGAGCCACCCGCACCGGUUGACAGUGAAGACACGUCAUGUAAGUAACUACUUCAGUGGAACAGACAGAGACAGGGAGAGAGCCGAGAGAGAAUGGUCCAAAAACACUGUACUAAUGUGCUGGAGUACUACAAAGUGAAUCAACCUGGGUCGUGUUCAGUAGGACACACCGUAGCCAAACUGUAAACAAAAAAUAUAAUUUCUUAUUGGACAAGACCCAACAAAAUAUAUAAUAUGAUGCAAAGUGAACAUGACUCUCGUUAAACAGUAUCCAGAAACAGCUUAUCUCACUGAAUGUGGCCACAAUUCACUAUAGAUGGGGUCUGCACAUCAACACUGUUACAUUAUGGGAAGUGUAGUCAAGUCUUAGCCCAAAGAAGAGGAGGAGCCUAUUAAUUAGUAUGCAAGUUCCUCCCUCUUGCUGUUCUAGCUUUGCUCAAAGAUGCCUAUUUUCUCAGUAUACAGUCUUGCUUAGGGUGUCCAUCAUUAUUCCAGGCGCAUCAACAGAAUGUCAAGCAGACGACAGAAAACAGUUUUUCAGCAGACAAAACAUACUUCAGGAUGAAAGGACGUUGGUGGAAGAAUCUGGGAUCGUCGCUUUGCGCCACGCAAAGGAUGACUAUAUGGAGAUGAAUGAGAGCUACUAUGAACCAGCUCCCUAGGAGAAACUACAAGAAGGAACAGGAUUGGUCCCAUAACAUGGCACUAUUAUGAUCAUUCAUUGGUUCUGCAUGUUUUACAAAAACACUGUUUGGAAUCCUUGACACUCAAAUAAAGGCCAAAUAAAGACCACCUGCUUCAUAGAAAUUCAAACUAUCUUGUGUGAGCCUUAUUGACAGUAGGCCUAAAGAAUACAUUGUUUCUGAGGUGUGGCAAAUGUGAGCGGCGAAUGACAUCAUAAAUGAACUUAUUGAAAAACGACAUUGUGCUGCAGUGUUUGAUUCAGUUUGAUUCAGUGGACCACAAACUGUUGCUAGCCAGAUUCAGUAACAUUGGUCUCAAUGGGUCCUCCAACUUUAGUAACACUAUACGUGAUUUUAUUUGAUAUAAGAUAUACAAAUGUGCUAAUUAAAUGAAAUAAAGUAAUAAGUUGUAGUGCCUUAGAGACUUAUGUUACAACUAGUUCAUCGAAUGUAAUAGUUUCUAUCUGCCACUGAGGGGGGCAUAUACACUCAAACAGAAGCAGGAAGAGAGUUAAAGACAGCUAUAGCUAUUAGGAAGUUCAGUCUUUCUCUUUGGUGCCUUGGUCCUUGACACACACAUUGUGCAUUGGUACCAUAUAACAUACGGAGACACAUACCCAGAAAUGGCUUCUCAUCUCUUCCUCUCCAUCCUCCUCCUCAUCUUCUCCAGACUCUCAGGUAAGGGUAACAUGUUUCUAUGAAGUGCUGAAGUUGAGGUCAAGGACUGGGACUGGACACAUGCUGACACUCUGAAGACAGGAGCAGUAGCUUGUCUUAUCAAUAACACUUCCUGUAUUAUGUGUCUUAUAGUCUUGACUUCGUCAACCAUUUUGAAAAGAAGGUUGACGACAUCCGAUCCUCGUUUGUUAAGUCAAAUGACACUGCUGGUCCUGCUCACACUGCCCUACCCUAUGCUUUGACUUCUUUCUCCCCUCUCUCUCCAGAUAAAAUCUUGCGACUUGUGACGGCAGGCCGCCCAACAACCUGCCCGCUUGACCCUAUCCCCUCCUCUCUUCUCCAGACCAUCUCCGGUGACCUUCUCCCUUACCUCACCUCGCUGAUCAACUCAUCCUUGACCGCUGGCUAUGUCCCUUCUGUCUUCAAGAGAGCGAGAGUUGCACCCCUUCUCAAAAAACCAACACUCGAUCCCUCUGAUGUCAACAACUACAGACCAGUAUCCCUUCUUUCUUUUCUCUCCAAAACUAUUGAGCGUGCCGUCUUUAGCCAACUCUCUUGCUAUCUCUCUCAGAAUGACCUUCUUGAUCCAAACCAGUCAGGUUUCAAGACUGGUCAUUCAACUGAGACUGCUCUUCUCUGUGUCACAGAGGCUCUCCGCACUGCUAAAGCUAACUCUCUCUCCUCUGCUCUUGUCCUUCUAGACCUGUCUGCUGCCUUUGAUACUGUGAACCAUCAGAUCCUCCUCUCCACCCUCUCCGAGCUGGGCAUCUCUGGCGCGGCUCACUCUUGGAUUGCGUCCUACCUGACCGGUCGCUCCUACCAAGUGGCGUGGCGAGAAGCUGUCUCCGCACCACAUGCUCUCACCACUGGUGUCCCCCAGGGCUCAGUUCUAGGCCCUCUCCUAUUCUCGCUAUACACCAAGUCACUUGGCUCUGUCAUAUCCUCACAUGGCCUCUCCUAUCAUUGCUACGCAGACGACACACAACUAAUCUUCUCCUUUCCCCCUUCUGAUAACCAGGUGGCGAAUCGCAUCUCUGCAUGUCUGGCAGACAUAUCAGUAUGGAUGACGGAUCACCACCUCAAGCUGAACCUUGGCAAGACGGAGCUGCUCUUCCUCCCGGGGAAGGACUGCCCGUUCCAUGAUCUCGCCAUCACGGUUGACAACUCCGUUGUGUCCUCAUCCCAGAGUGCGAAUAGCCUUGGCGUGACCCUGGACAACACCCUGUCGUUCUCCGCUAACAUCAAGGCAGUGACCCGAUCCUGCAUGUUCAUGCUCUACAACAUUCGGAGAGUACGACCCUGCCUUACACAGGAAGCGGCACAGGUCCUAAUCCAGGCACUUGUCAUCUCCCGUCUGGAUUACUGCAACUCGCUGUUGGCUGGGCUCCCUGCCUGUGCCAUUAAACCCCUACAACUCAUCCAGAAUGCCACAGCCCGUCUGGUGUUCAACCUUCCCAAGUUCUCUCACGUCACCCCGCUCCUCCGCACACUCCACUGGCUUCCAGUUGAAGAUCGCAUCUGUUACAAGACCAUGGUGCUUGCCUAUGGAGCUGUGAGGGGAACGGCACCUCCAUACCUUCAGGCUCUGAUCAGUCCCUACACCCAAACGAGGGCAUUGCGUUCAUCCACCUCUGGCCUGCUGGCUCCCCUUCCUCUGCGGAAGCAUAGUUCCCGCUCAGCCCAGUCAAAACUGUUCGCUGUUCUGGCACCUCAAUGGUGGAACAAGCUCCCUCACGACACCAGGACAGCGGAGUCACUCACCACCUUCCGGAGACAUUUGAAACCCCACCUCUUUAAGGAAUACCUGGGAUAGGAUAAAGUAACCCUAAUAAAAUAAAAUAAUAAUAAUAAUAAUAAUAAUAAUAAUAGAAAAAAAUAUAUAUAAAAAAAAGAUUUUAAAAAAUUAAACAAUAAAUAACCUAAAAAAUAAAAUAAAAAUUGUAAAGUGUUUAUCCGACUGGCAAUAGGGUGAAUGCACCAAUUUGUAAGUUGCUCUGGAUAAUAGCAUCUGCUAAAUGACGUAAAUGUAAUGUAAUGUAUUCAUCUGUAGCUCAGCUGGUAGAGCACGGCGCUUGUAACGCCAAGGUAGUGGGUUCGAUCCCCGGGACCACCCAUACACAAAAAUGUAUGCACGCAUGACUGUAAGUCGCUUUGGAUAAAAGCGUCUGCUAAAUGGCAUAUUAUAUUGGAAAAGUGCUGAGUUUGAUUUUGGAGAUAUUUUCAUGAGACAAUCAAUAUUUUCCUUGAAGACAACUGUAUUAGCCUAUGUUAUAACCAAUGUAUCUUGACAUAUGAGGAGGAGACUCAAAAGUAUAACUAUUCUAUGAUUAAUGUAUUCAGUAUUAUUCUAGUGUAUCUCAGAGGUCUCUAAUACUGCAUCUCUCUUUCUUUAUUCCAGAGGACAAUAAGGCCAUGGACCAGAAAACAAACACCUCAGUGGUAGGCUACACUCAUGUUCCUCUCAUCUGACUCAAGGCCUUGUGGGUAAGACCGACCCUGUCUGUGAAAAAUGCAGGACAUGGACAUAAGAUGCACUUAAAACAACACAUUAGCCCUUCAGCUAAAGCGUAAUGUCCAUUGUAUUGUAACUGUACAAUGUAUAUAUGUUAACUCUAUAUUCAGUGUGAUUUCAGUUUCUAUAAGUGUUUUGCAGUGUAGAGCUAAUAAUAGGAUCUGUAGUGAGGUCAGUGGUUAAGGUGUUGUGAUUUCCUGGUCAGCUUUGCAGACACAGUAGGCCUAUGUUGCUUCUCUGUCCUGUUCCUAUUUGACCUGACUGACACUGUGCUGUUUGAGAGGAAGAAAGCUCAUAUCUCAAUGUUGUUAAAACAAAUACAUGCCUUAUAUUGUGGAUUAUGUAAAUGUGCAAAGGUAUCUCAUACAUGUAGACUGAUGAUGAGCUUUUAUCAUCAACCCCCUUUGUGUGUUUCUACCAGCAGGACCCAUUUCCUGCCAAUGGUGAUGAUGUGACUUACAGCACUGUUGUCCCCAAGAGGAGGAACCAGCUAAAUGUACAGACCAAGGUAAGGCUGCUAUUCUGAUCACUAUGAUGUUAAUAUACUGAACAAGAAUACAAAUGCAACAUGCAACAAUUUCAAAGAUUUUACUGAUUUACAGUUAAUAGAUUAUAGCAAAUCAGUCAAUUGAAAUAAAGUAUUAGGCCCUAAUCUAUGGAUGUCACAUGACUGGGAAUACAGAUAUGCAUCUGUUGGUCACAGAUACCUUCAAAACAAAGGUAGGGGCAUGGAUCAGAAAACCGUUCUGUAUCUGGUGACCACCAUUUGCCUCAUGCAGCACGACACAUCUCCUUCACAUGGAGUUGAUCAGACUGUUGAUUGUGGCCUAUGGAAUGUUGUCCCACUCCUCUUCAAUGUAUGUGCAAAGUUGCUGGAUAUUGGUGGGAACUGGAACAUACUGUUAUACACGUCAAUCCAGAGCAUCCCAAACAUGCUCAAUGUUGACAUGUCUGGUGAGUUUGCAGGUUACUACAUUUUCAGAUUCCAGGAAUUGUGUACCUAUCCUUGCGUCUUGGGGCCGUGCAUUAUCAUUCUGAAACAUGAGGUGAUGGCGGCGGAUGAAUGGCACGGUAAUGGGCCUCAGGAUCUCGUCAUUGUAUCUCUGUGCAUUCAAAUUGCCAUCGAAAAAAUGCAAUUGUGUUCCUUGUCCAUAGCUUAUGCCUGCCCGUACCAUAACCCCACUGCCACCAUGGGGAACUCUGUUCACAACGUUGACAUCAGCAAACCGCUUGCCAACACGACGGCAUACACGUGGUCUGCGGCUGUGAGGACGGUACUGUCGGCUAUGUUUCAGACUAGUGAAGUUAUAGAUGAAGUCACAUACACUACAUGGCCAUAGGUUUGUGGACACCCCUUAAAUGUGUGAAUUUUUCAGCCACACCCGUUGCUGACAGGUGUAUGAAAUCGAACACACAGCCAUGCAAUCUCCAUAGACAAACAUUGUCAGUAGAAUGACCCGUACUGAAGAGCUCAGUGACUUUCAACGUGGCACCGUCAUAGGAUGCCACCUUUCCAACAAGUCAGUUUGUCAAAUUUCUGCCCUGCUAGAGCUGUCCCGGUCAACUGUAAGUGCUGUUAUCACAGAACGGAACCGCCGAGUGCUGAAGAGUGUAGCGCAUAAAUAUAAUCUGUCCUCAGUUGCAACACUCAAUACCGAGUUCCAAAUUGCCUCUGGAAUCAAUGUCAGCACAAGAACUCGUCGGGAGCCCCAUGUGCAAUGUGAAGAGUCGGCUGGAGUGGUGUAAACUCGCCGACAUUGGACUCUGGAGCAGUGGAAACGCGUUCUCUGAAGUGAUGAAUCAAACUUCACCAUCUGGCAGUCCGACGAACAAAUCUGAAUUUGGCAGAUGCCAGGAGAACGCUACCUGCCCCAAUGCAUGGAGCCAACUGUAAAGUUUGGUGGAGGAUGAAUAAUGGUCUGGGGCUGUUUUUCAUGGUUCAGGCGAGGCCCCUUAGUUCCAGUGAAGGGAAAUCUUAAUGCUACAGCAGACAAUGACAUUCUAGACGAUUCUGUGCUUCCAACAUUGUGGCAACAGUUUGGGGAAGGCCCUUUCCUGUUUCAUCAUGACAGUGCCCCUGUGCACAAAGCGAGGUCAAUACAGAAAUGGUUUGUCGAGAUUGGUGUGGAAGAACUUGACUGGCCUGCACAGAGCCCUGACCUCGACCCCAUAGAACAACUUUAGGAUGAAUUGGAACGCCAACUGCGAGCAAGGCCUAAUUUGCCAACAUCAAUGCCCGACCUCACUAAUGCUCUUGCAGGUGUCCACUUACUUUUGGCCACAUAGUGUAUUUGUGACACAUGCUGUAAACAUUUUUGAGUUGUAAUGUCUUUAUCAAAUCAAAUCAAUUUCUAUUUUAUAUACACACAUUUAGCAGUUGUUAUUCCGGGUGUAGCGAAAUGCAUGUGUUCCUAGCACCAGUAGUGCAAUAAUAUCUAACAAUUCACAACAAUACACACAGAUCUAAAAAUAAAAGAAUGGAAUUAAGAAAUAGAUAAAUAUUAGGACAAGCAAUGUCGGAGUCUGGAGUAUAAAUAUAUAUAUAUAUGUGAUGGGAUGUAUAGACAUUAUAGACAUUAUGGACAGUAUGUGGAUAGAAUAUUUAGUAUAUCUGUAGAAUACGUAGGAUAGAAUAGUAUAUAUACAGAAAUAUUUGAGUAGGAUGUAGCUCAGUUGGUAGAGCAUGGCGUUUGCAACGCCACGUUGUGGGUUCGAUUCCCACGGGGGGACAGUAUGAAAAAAUAAAUAAAUAAAUAAAUACAAAAAAUAAUGUAACUAACUAAAUGUAAGUUGCUCUGGAUAAGAGCGUCUGCUAAAUGACUAAAAUGUAAAUGUAAAUAGCAUUAACUAGAAUACAGUAUAUACAUAUGAAAUGAGUAAAACAGUAUGUAAACAUUAUUAAAGUGACAAGUGUUCCAUUAUUAAAGUGACCAGUGACUCCAUGUCAAUGUACAUAAGGCAGCAGCCUCUAAGGUGCAGGGUUGAGUAACCGGGUGGUAGAAGGCUAGUGACAGUGACUAAGUUCAUUGCAGGGUACUGGGUGGAGGUCGGCUAGUGAAGGCUAUUUAACAGUCUGAUGGACUUGAGAUAGAAGCUGUUUUUCAGUCUCUCGGUCCCAGUUUUGAUGCACCUGUACUGACCUCGCCUUCUGGAUGAUAGUUGGGUGAACAGGCCGUGGCUCGUGUGGUUGAUGUCCUUGAUGAUCUUUUUGGCCUUCCUGUGACAUCGGGUGCUGUAGGUGUCCUGGAGGGCAGGCAGUGUGGCUCUGGUGAUGCGUUGGGCAGACCGCAUCAUCCUCUGGAGAGCCCUUGUGUUACGUGCGGUGCGGUUGCCAUACCAGGCGGUGAUGCAGCCCGACAGUAUGCUCUCAAUGGUGUAUCUGUAAAAGUUUGUGAGGGUCUUAGGGGCCAAGACACAUUUCUUCAGCCUCCUGAUGUUGAAGAGGUGCUGUUGCGCCUUCUUCACCACACUGGGUGGACCAUUUAUAAUUGUCAGUGAUGUGUACGCCGAGGAACUUGAAGCUUCUCACCUUCUCCACUGCUGUCACGUCGAUGUGGAUGGGGGCGUGCUCCCUCUGCUGUCUCCUGAAGUCCACAAUCAGCUCCUUCGUUUUGUUGACGUUGAGGGAGAGGUUCUAUUCCUGGCACCACUCCGCCAGAGUCCUCCUCCCUGUAGGCUGUCUCGUCAUUGUUGGUAAUCAGGCCUACUACUGUUGUGUCGUCUGCAAACUUGAUGAUUGAGUUGGAUGCGUGCUUGGCCACGCAGUCAUGGGUGAACAGGGAGUACAGGAGGGGAGUGAGCAUGAACCCUUGUGGGGCCCCUUUGUUGAGGAUCAGUGUAGUGGAGGUGUUGUUUCCUACGUUCACCACCUGGGGGCGGCCCGUCAGGAAGUCCAAGACCCAGUUGCACAGGGCGGGGUUCAGACCCAGGGCCUCGAGCUUUAUGAUGAAAUUGGAGGGGACUAUGGUGUUGAAGGCUGAGCUGUAGUCAAUGAACAGCAUUCUUAUAUACUGUAGGUAUUCCUCUUGUCCAGAUGGAAUAGGGCAGUGUGCAGUGCAAUGUUGAUUGCAUUGUCUGUGGAUCUAUUGGGGCGGUAUGCAAAUUGAAGUGGGUCUAGGGUGUCAGGUAAAAAACAUGAAUGUUUGCAAAGUCAACUUACACACAGCUCUGACACACACACUUACCCACCAGAAAUGCCACCACGGGUCUUUUCACAGUCCCCAAAUCCAGAACAAAUUCAAGAAAGCGUACAGUAUUAUAUAGAGACAUUAUUGCAUGGAACUCCCUUCCAUCUCAUAUUGCUCAAAUGAACAGCAAACCUGGUUUCAAAAAACAGAUAAAAGCAACACCUCACGGCACAACGCCUCUCCCCUAUUUGACCUGGAUAGUUUGUGUGUAUGUAUUGAUAUGUAGGCUGUGUGCCUUUUUAAAAUGUAUGUAGUUCUGUGUUUGAGCUGUUCUUGUCUAUUAAUGUUCUGUAUUAUCUCAUGUAUCAUGUUUUGUGUGGACCCCAGGAAGUGUGUAGCUCAGUUGGUAGAACAUGGUGUUUGCAGGGUUGUGGGUUUGAUUCCCACUGGGGACCAGUGUGAAAAAAACUAUUACAAAUGUAUGCACUCACUACUGUAAGUCACUCUGGAUAAGAGUGUCUCCUUAAUGACUAAUAUGUCUGAGUAUUCUCUAAGGAUGCGGGUAGGGAUGCCUUCUGGGCCGGCAGCCUUGCCAGCCUUUAUGUACCUAUUCCUGUGUGUUUCCAAGCUGUAGCCUUACAUUCCAUCAUCACAAAUUGUCCCUCUUCACCUCUCUACCUGUGUGUCCGUGUCCCUCCUCUCUUAUAGGCAGAACCAGAUGAUAAUGUGGUCUACAGCUCACUAGCCCUACAGCUGGACCCAUUUCCUGCCAAUGGUGAUGAUGUGACUUACAGCACUGUUGUCCCCAAGAGGAGGAACCAGCGAAAUGUACAGACCAAGGUAAGGCUGCUAUUCUGAUCACUAUGAUGUUAAUAGAUGAAAUUGUAUCUGUGUUGUUCUAUUGGCUAUGUGGCAGACUGGUGCAUGGGGUUAUAGAUGAAGUCACAUAUCAGAAUCAGGUUUAUUGUCCUACAAGAGGAACAUCAGGAAACAAACAACAGUCGUACAGAAAUAGUACCACCCACCUGCCCAUAGGAGGAAGAUACAUGGAUCUGUUUAGAAUUGUCAUUGUCCCUGGGAUGAAACUCCUCCUGAAGCUUGCAGUGAGACAUUAAAGAGUCCAAUAUUUUCAACCUGAUGGGAGAAGAUCAAAUCAAUGGUGAAGUGGGUGGUCUGGGCUGGAGAUCAUGUGGGGGGCUUUACUCUGGAUAGCUCGUUCAUUAAGAAGGGACCGCUUUUGAUUGGGGAGUCCAAUCAGCUUAGAUGCUGUGUUGGUGAUCCUUAAUAGUUUAUUGUGGUGUGAGACUGUGAGCAGGUUGUGGUAGCAGAUACUUCAGUAGAUGAGUAGUGGUGAUGAUGCUCCGGUAGAGUAGCAGAAGGAGUUUGGGUUUGACAGACAGGUUGAUCAGACGCCUGAUAACAGACAGACGUUUCUGGGAAUUCUUUGUUAUUUCUGUGGUGUUUUGAUCAAAGGUUAGCUCGUGGUCUAUUGUAAAUUGGAGGUACUUGAAUGAAAUAAUCAUUUCAACGGCCUCUCUGUUGAUGAGGAUAGAGCCGUCACAGGUGGGGUUUUUGGGAAAGUCAAUGGUUAAUAUUAUUUUGUUUUGGAGACGUUGACAUCCAGGUAGUUGUUGAAUUGGGUAACGGAUGAGUACUUGAAAAGGAGGGUUUUGUGGUCCGUGCUUUGGCAGUCAUUGGUGUUUAGGGUGUAGACACUGAAAAUGUGUUAUGCUGUAAACAUUUUGAGUUUAAGUGUCUUAAUGUAUCUCAUCCCGUUUCAGCUAUUCUGCAACAAAUGUUUGCAGUGAUUCCGAGCUGUAGUCUACAUUCCAUCAUCACAGAUUGUCCCUCUUCACCUCUCUACCUGUGUGUGUCCCUCCUCUCUUCUAGGCAGAACCAGAUGAUAAUGUGGUCUACAGCUCACUAGCCCUACACCACACAGGUCAGUGUUGACUUAUCUUCUCUCUCAUGUACCUACACAGAGGAUGCUAAUCUCUCAACAAAGAAACAGACAAGACCAUAUAUUACUACUGUAUGUGUACAAUACAUCACUCUUCUCUCUUAUUUAGGGGCUUCAUAGCAAAGGGGGUGAAUACAUAUGCGCACACUACUUUUCCGUUAUUUAUUUUGUAGAAUUUUUUUUAUUUCCCUUCACCAAUUUGGAAUAUUUUGUCUAUGUCCAUUACAUGAAAUCCAAAUAAAAAUCCAUUUAAAUUACAGAUUGUAAUGCAACAAAAUAGGAAAAACACCAAGGGGGAUGAAUACUUUUGCAAGGCACUGUACAUAUUGGAUCAUAAAAAAAUACCACUUUUAGAUUACCGUGUAGUUUACCAAUACAACGGUCUGACAAUGAAGUGGACAUACUCUGUAAAUAAAUGAACUCAUUACAACAUUUUUUAAUAGAAAGUUAGCAAAAAUAGAUCAGAUCUUGCUACCAUGGAAUGGUAAAUACCUGUCUAUUGGUGGAAAAAUCACCCUUUUUAGUUGUUUAGGCAUAUCCCAGUUUACCUAUUUACUUAUGGCCCUGCCUACGCCAAACGAUAUGUUUUUCAAAUUAUAUGAUCAAAAAGAUUUCACUUUAUUUGCUGUACAAACAAAAAUAUUUUUAUCCUCCGAGGAGGUGGGGGGUGGAUGAGCAAAAACAAAAAAAGGGUAACAUGUUUCUAUGAAGUGCUGAAGUUGAGGUCAGGGACUGGGACUGGACACAUGCUGACACUCUGAAGACAGGAGCAGUAGCUUGUCUUAUCAAUUACACUUACUGUAUUAUUGAUAAAGAAAUGAGUGAGUAAGAUAUGCCUAAAAUGUCACACCCUCAGUUAAACUAAUAAUGUAUGACUAAUUAGUAGACUAGAGCUUAGAUAAUUAAUCAAAUGUGUUUAUAUCCCAGCAACAGAGUAUAGACUGGUACCCAAAACACACAGGUAAAGGGGAGUGAAAGGCUUGCAGGAUAUUGUGAGGAUGCGAUAACUGAAGUAUGCAGCCUGCCCGAGCAAGGAGUAGGAAAAUGAUAAGAACAUGUGUUUAUGUGUGUGCGUGUGACCUGAUUGUCAGGAGAGCAGAGGAAAAUCACAUGAGCUGAACCCAGGUGUGUGCUUACAAGAUGUGUACAGUGGAAAAAAACAGCCCGCCUAGAGCGGGGUGGGAUAUUUGUAUGAUGUGUGUGUAUAAAAGUAUUGUACGACCAUUUUGUUGCUGAACGUUCUCAUGAAUUAAGCCUGAUGAUUGUAUGCUGGGCUAAUUGAUAUGAUUAUUAGAGAUUUACAACCUCUGGGAUACAGACUGAGUAUUACGUUCAUUUUUGAAAGAUUGAGAUAUAAAUUCUCGUGACAAUUAUGUUUGUUAUAGUCCAGAUAAUGUAAUUAUUCUGCUGUGAGAAUUUGCUUGAAUUCCAAUCUAAUGUGUUUUCUGUUGUUGUGUCUACAGGUGCUUAUCGUGUGUCUGUGAAGACAGGAGGCUCCUCCACCAUCCCAUGUCCCUAUCAUCAGGAAUACAAAACCCAUGUGAAAUACUUGUGUAAAAUAGAUGAUUUGCAAAGAUGCUCCCCUGUUGUACACGCUGAACCUCCUAAGAGCACAGAUAAGGCCUCAAUCUCUGAUUACAUCAACCAGCUAACCGUCACUGUGACCAUGACUGAUCUGGAGCCAGAGGACUCUGGUCGUUACUGUUGUGCUGUAGAGAUCAAUGUUGGACAAAAUGUCUUGACAGAAUGGUUCGACCUAUCUGUCACUCCAGGUAAGAGUCCUGCAACUCUUACAUAUGAUUACAUGACUGGUGUUCUGGUUUCAUUUACUGGUAUCACUAUUAUUGUUCAAGUUGACAUGAGGAAUGUUGGUAUAUGUCUACUUUCUGUUCUCUAUCCAUCAUAUCAUAAUUAUGAUAUUUGUGUUCAGUUGUUACAAAAAACCACUUGAUCACUCAGAACCUUCUUUGGUGUGUGUACUGUCAGACGACAAACCACCACACAAAGUACCACCACUAUGACCAGUGAGUAGAGAGCAAUCAGAUACUGUAUAAUUAAGUAUUAACCUGGUUUUAUCCAGUCUUGCUGGCUUAUCAUCUGAAACAAAUAUGAUUGUUACUUUUGGGAAUACUUAGAGGUCCUACCAUGGGUUUGAACUCAACAAAAUUCAUAUGUUGGGGUAAAUAAAAUAAGCUGGACAAGAAGGUCAUAGCUUAGCCACAAUUUCUUGUUACAGUUCAGUCUGCCCUGUGUCUCUCUGGUACACCAGUCAUAAUACCAUUGUUGUUUUUACCUCACAGCAACCCACGCUCCAACCACUGAACAAUCCUCUUUCUCUCCAACUGCUGAGUCUGUUCAGACUGACAACACAGUCCAAGGACCUGAGGGGGUCAAGGAGAAGGACACCAUGAGGUAAUUAUCACUCAUUCAGCUGUAUUUCACACUUACUCUUCCAAAUGGAUAACAAUAGAAAUGUGAAGAAAUGUAACCUUUUCUGUUUGCAGUGUAGAGCUAAUAAUGAGAAGGCUGAGGUUAAGGUGUUGUGAUUUCCUGUUGAGCUUUGCAGACACAGUAGGCCUAUGUUGCUUCUCUGUCCUGUUCCUAUUUAACCUGACUGACACUGUGCUGUUUGAGAGGAAGAAAGCUCAUAUCUUAAUGUUGUUAAUCCACAAUAUAAGGCAUGUAUUUGUUUUAUGUAAAUAUCCAAAGGUAUCUCAUACAUGUAGACUGAUGAUGAGUUUUUAUCAUCAACCCCCUUUGUGUGUCUCUACCAGCAGGACCCAUUUCCUGCCAAUGGUGAUGAUGUGACUUACAGCACUGUUGUCCCCAAGAGGAGGAACCAGCUAAAUGUACAGACCAAGGUAAGGCUGCUAUUCUGAUCACUAUGAUGUUAAUAUACUGAACAAGAAUAUAAAUGCAACAUGCAACAAUUUCAAAGAUUCUAUUGAUUUACAGUUCUUUAUAAGGAAAUCAGUCAAUUGAAAUAAAUGAUUAGCCCUAAUCUAUGGAUUUCACAUGACUGGGAAUACAGAUAUGCAUCUGUUGGUUACAGAUACCUUUAACAAAAAGGUAGGGGCGUGGAUCAGAAAACCAGUCAGUAUCUGGUGUGACAGCCAUUUUCCUCAUGCAGCAUGACACAUCUCCUUCGCAUAGAGUUGAUCCGACUGUUGAUUGUGGCCAGUGGAAUGUUGUCCCACUCCUCUUCAAUGUCUGUGCAAAGUUAAUGGAUAUUGGCGGGAACUGGAACAUACUGUCAUACACGUCAAUCCAAAGCAUCCCAAACAUGCUCAAUGGGUGACUUGUCUGGUGAUUAUACAGGCUAUGGAAAAACGGGGACAUUUUCAGAUUCCAGGAAUUGUGUACCGAUCCUUGCGUCUUGGGGCCGUGCAUUAUCAUUCUGAAACAUGAGGUGAUGGCGGCAGAUGAAUGGCACGGUAAUGGGCCUCAGGAUCUCCCCAUUGUAUCUCUGUGCAUUCAAAUUGCCAUCGAAAAAAUGCAGUUGUGUUCCUUGUCCAUAGCUUAUGCCUGCCCGUACCAUAACCCCACUGCCAUCAUGGGGCACUCUGUUCACAAUGUUUACAUCAGCAAACCGCUCGACAACACGACGGCAUACACGUGGUCUGCGGUUGUGAGGCCGGUUGGACGUACUGCUAAAUUCUCGAAAAAGACAUUGGAGGCGGCUUACGGUAGAGAAAUUAACAUUCAAUUCUCUGGCAACAGCUGUGGUGGACAUUCCUACAGUCAGCAUGCCAAUUGCACGCUCCCUCAGAACUUGAGACAUCUGUGGCAUUGUGUUGUGUGACAAAACUGCACCUUUUAGAGUGGCAUUUUAUUGUCCCCAGCACAAGUUACACCUGUGUAAUGAUAAUGCUGUUUAAUCAGGUACUUGAUAUACCACACCUGUAAGGUGGAUGGAUUAUAUUGGCAAGGGAGAAAUGCUCAAUAACAGGGAUGUUAACCAAAGUAUUACAUUUAUUAAAAUUAAAAGCUUUUCUUGACUUUGUUGAUAAAAAGCUUUUGGGAAAACUUAGUGGUCCUACCAUGGGUUUGAACUCAACAAAAUCCACAUGUUGGGGCAAAUGAAAUAAGCUGGACAAGAAGGUCAUAUCUUAGCUACAAUGUCUUGUUACAGUUCAGUCUACCCUGUGUCUCUCUGGUACACCAGUCGUAAUACCAUUGUUGUUUUUACCUCACAGCAACCCAAGCUCCAACCACUGAACAAUCCUCUUUCUCUCCAACUGCUGAGCCUGUUCAGACUGACAACACAGUCCAAGGACCUGAGGGGGGCAAGGAGAAGGACACCAUUAUGUAAUUAUCACUCAUUCAGCUGUAUUUCACACUUACUCUUCCAAAUGGAUAACAAUAGAAAUAUGAAGAAAGGUAACAUUUUCUGUUUUUCACACUAGAGUGUAUGGUACAAAACCACCUUCCUUAAACAUCUUCACACCGAGUACAGGCCAAGACACUGUUAUAGUGACAUUUACCAUCAUAGAGACAGAGACAUUUACCACUUCCUCGUAUCUCUGUAGUUGUUGAAGUAGCAGCAUUCUAUUCUUGUAUGGCCAAGUUCCACACAUGAAAGGUGUGAAGAGCUGAACAAAUAAUUCAAUUUCGUCAUAGCAGCACAAACAUGUCUAUUAAUCUAUUAUGUUUCAUGGACUAUAUUUUACAAUAAACAGAUUUUCACCGUCAGUUCCAUAGAUCUAAGAGUCCUAUUGAUUCCUCUGGGCAUGUUGGUAGUGGUGAUAGCUGGUUUCCUAGUCACCACCUUCAAUGAUCCACACUCAUUAAAGACCAUGUGCCGUCAAAAUCAUCCCUGCUGCUGCAAACUGUCAAAAAAAGGAAAAAUUCCCUUUACGAUUCCCCUUUAAAAAAAAAUCCUUGUAUUACAGCAAUUUACAGAGGAACAUGUUCUAAAUCUUUUAAUUAUUCUACAGAUGGGAGAGAACAUUCUUCUACAUGCCAAAAAUUGGAAAUGCAGUGCUCUUCCUCCUGUGCACCAUCAUUGCUGUGGUGAAGUUCAGGGCAAACUGA